AUGGCUGAUAUGAACAAUCCAGUGGAGGCGGGCAUAGAGAUGGCACGCCGCGCUAUCGAAUUCGACAGCGCCCACGCCUACCCCGAGGCACUGCAAUACUACCGACGCGCCACAGCCCUCUUGAACCAGGCCCUGCAGACCGAGAGGAACGAGCAGAUGCGAUCGACGCUGUCGGCCAAGCUUCACGAGUACUCUGCGCGCGUGUCCUACAUCGAAGCCAACCUGCCUCGCGGCCCCACGUCGCCACAGCAGUCUCACCCCGCACUCAACCAGCAGCAACAGCAGCAAAUUGGCGGCGGCGGCGGCGGCGGUCUCACGUUCCCGCCGAUCCCGGGCGAAGACCCCUUCACCGUUCUCUCGGGCGGGUCACCCUCUGCCGGUCGGCCGGCCGCGCCUUCUUCUUCUUCUUCUUCUGCUUCGUUCGGUUCUCCGCAUCAGCCACACCAUCAGCAGCAGCAGCAGUACCAGCAGCCGCAGCAACAACAACAGUACCAGCCACAGCAAUACCAACCACAGUACCAGCAGCAGCCGCAGUUCCAGCAGACGCCGGCGCCCGGCAGCGGCGGCUUUUCGGCGGCGCCCUACGGCGCACCUCCCUCGACCAAGCUGCCCGCGCACCAACUCAUCAAGAUGCCCGCGCAGGUCUACAUUGGCGAAAAGGCGGAGCUGCAGAAAGCGCUGGACUUUAGCGAGGUGGCGAAGAAGGCCGACAAGAGCGAAUGCUAUCGCGCGUCUCUCUCCUACUACGAGGCCGCCCUCGAGGCCUACCUCUCCGUCCUCAAGAGCACGCCCACCCCACCCCAUCCGCAUCGCCACCUUAACCCUCACCGCCACCGCCACCGCCACCUCAAGGCUAUCCGCCACCGCAACCAGGAGAGCAAUCCACAGAUCAAGACGUCGCUGCGCGAGACCAUCGCCGUGUACAUGGAGCGGGCGGAGAAGAUCAAGGAGUUCCUCCUCAAGUCGCCCGACUACCAGGACCCGUCGCCCAUUCCUCCUCCCUCCUCCUCCACCUCGUCGUCGUCAUCGUCGUCGUCGGUCACGUCGUCGUCGUUCGCCCCGGUGUCCGGCGGCAUGCCGCCCUACAGCCAGCCCCAGUUCGCGCCGGCGCCUGGCGGCAUGCAGCCCUACGGAGGCGGUGGCGGCGGUUAUCCGCAGCAGCAGCAGCAGCCAGCGGGGUCGCCGUGGGACAUGUACGGAAUGCAGGGAAUGCAAGGAAUGCCGGCACAGCACCAGCAGGUGCAGCAACUACAGCAGCAGCAGCAGCAGCAGCAGUAUAGAUCGCCCGGGUCGCCGACGUCGUUCGAGGAUGACCGAUUCCGACAGCAGCAGCAGCCGAUCGUCACGCUCACCGACUCGUUCGACGACGAAUUCGCCUUUGUCGAUCCCUUCAACCCCAAGACCAACCGCUUGGAACGGGCUGACACGGCGUCGAGUCUUCUGGAGAAGCCCGUGAUCCUCAAGGUCAAGCUGGAGAACUCGGUGAUCUACCCGGGCCAGGAGGUCCCGUUGCUCGUGGACCUCGACAACUGCUCCAACCGAGUCGUCAAGUUCAUCAAGGUGUCCCUCAUCAUGCGCGACACGACGUAUGAGGGAGGCCGACGUUCGGGCAAGCGGCACUCAGUGAAGACCAAGGUCCACCAGGACGAGUUCUACCAGGGCUCCCGCUUUCCCCUCUCUCCCUACUCCAAGUAUGAGGGCCGGCUAGUCUUCAAGAUCCCCGAGAGCAUCAAGCCCAGCGAGACGAGUUUGACGGGGGCCUAUUGUCGUGAGUACGAGAUUGUGGUGAAGGGCGUCGUGCAGCUCCACACCAACCCGAGGGUCCACCUUCCCAUCACCGUCAACACCUAA